CAUGUAACGCAUGUUCAAGGCCUCUCUGGGCGGCGCGUGUAUAUACGUCCUCUCAGAAUCAGACAACUGCCUCCAGUGCGGACGCGCAUGUAGGUCACGUGUCCAGUACUUCUAAAAGCGGAAGCUCAAGUAUGUGUCUUUUAUAGUCCGCAGGCUCUCUUCUCUGUCUAAACAAACCAAUCUCAACAAGUUCUCCCUACCAAACAGAAUGGCCAACCUUCCUCAAAAUCUGUCCGGCAUGAAUUCUCCCUUUGGUGGACCUAGCACGGCCGGACCUAGCGCCGCCGGUGCUCCCGCUAACAAAGACCGGAAGAUGGCGUCGGCAGAGCACUUGGUGCUCGAUCUAAGCAAUCCCGAUCUCAGAGAAAACGCUCUUCUCGAGCUAUCGAAGAAGAGAGAAUUAUUUCAAGAUUUGGCUCCAUUGUUGUGGAAUUCUUUUGGUACUAUUGCUGCACUGUUACAGGAGAUUGUUUCAAUAUAUCCUGUUCUUUCACCUCCAAAUCUGACUCCUGCUCAAUCAAAUCGAGUUUGUAAUGCCCUUGCACUUCUUCAGUGUGUAGCCUCUCAUCCAGACACAAGGAUGUUGUUCCUCAAUGCUCACAUACCUCUGUACCUGUACCCUUUCCUUAACACAACAAGCAAAUCAAGGCCUUUUGAGUACUUGCGGCUUACUAGCUUAGGGGUCAUUGGUGCUCUUGUGAAGGUUGAUGAUACAGAGGUCAUUAGCUUCCUUCUUUCAACAGAAAUAAUUCCUCUGUGCCUCCGCACCAUGGAGAUGGGCAGUGAGUUAUCAAAAACAGUCGCAACAUUUAUCGUUCAAAAAAUUUUGUUGGAUGAUGUUGGUCUGGAUUAUAUAUGCACCACUGCAGAGCGAUUUUUUGCAAUUUGUCCCAAAGGUUUCAUUUAUUUGAUUUUCCAUUUCUCUAAAGUAGCAUAUGCUUUAACUCCGUUCUGGACCAACUGUUUCCGUAUAUAUCUGCAGGAAGAUCCAACAACAAGGAGGUGGUUGCAACAGUUGCUUCACAAUGUUAGUGUGAAUCGAGUUCCUGCGCUUCAGGCCGGCGCAGGAUUUGAUCACAUGAUGUGAACUAAAUCAUCGACAUCGUUAAUGGUCUAGAUCAGUCUUCUGCUUUAGGAAUUUCCUGGUCUAAUCAACUCUUCUUUUUUGGUAUGUGAAUCGCCAUAGAACUAUUCUGGUUAGUGGAGUGUGAGAACAAGCUUGGGGUAAGAUGGGCAAUUCGGUAUUUAAGGUUGAAAGGGAAGAAAGCUAUUUAUAACUGCCUUUCCUUUUCCCGCUCGGUGCCGAAGCUGCGUCUUUGGUUACAGAAAUUGGGGAUGUCCCUCUUAUCCUCGAGAGUGAAAA